AGCCCAACUUCCUGAGUGUCAUGGCCUGUAGACUGAUGAGACUGAUGGUGCAUGAGGAUGUUGUCUUGGAGCCAUGUUUCUGGAGGAACAAGUCACAGCUGUUUCUCAUCUCACACAAGUGCAGCCACAGACAAACACCAUUCUGCUCGUCUCCCACCAAACACUAGAGCAGCAUCGACGGAGGGAAUGGACCCCAACCCAGAGUGGAAUCCAGCAGCUCACAGCCGGCUCCAGCAUCUUCUUUGUCGAUGACCACAACAAGUGACCCUGGAGUAUGAGGGCCUUGUCCACCCACAACCAAAGCAAUACACGUACUCUGAUGGUCAUUCUCCACUGAUAAGAUACCAGAGACAGCAGUCUAGUUCAUACCGUCCUUUAAUUUAUGAAGGAAUAUGUCAUAUAGAAACAUACUGGAGAAAAUUUUAAGCUAAAGGAUUUGGAUCAGAGCCUGUCAGCAAGGCAGGGAUAAUUCUGCGUCAGUAAUUCUGACUGAGUUUUUAUUUAUUUAGUGAUAGAAUGUGGAGUAGGUCCUUCCAGUUCUUUGGGCCAUGCUGCCCAGCAACCCUCAACAAACCCAAUUAACCAUAACCUAAUCACGACACAAUUUACACUGACCAAUGAACUUACCGAGUACGUCUUUGGACUGUGGGAGGAAAGCAGAGCAGCCAGGGAAUGGCGCCAGAAUUCAAUGCCAAGCUCUGGAAUGGCCCAAGCUGUAGUAGUGUUGUGCUAUGCUUGAGGAGUUAUCUAAGAAGGUUGGUGAAGACAGUGUGGUGGAUGUUUUCUAUAGUAAGGUAUUUGACCAGGUCCCACAUGGUACACUAGUCCUGAACAUCAGAGGAUGUGGGAUCCAAGGUGAGGAGGUAAUGGUGAUAGGACAGAUUUACUUAGAGAUAGGUCGUGGUGGUUUUUCUGUGACCAGAUAGUUAAACCAAACUUAGAAUAUUGCUUUCAGUUCUGGUCACCUCAUUGUAGGAAGGAUGUGGAAGCUUUGCAGAGGAGAUUUACCAGGAUGCUGUCUGGAUUAAAGAGUAUGUCCCAGGAGAUAUUUAAUGGGCUGUCUUUUUUUCUCUUUAGAGCUAAGGAGGAUGAGAGGCAGCCAAAGAAACCACGUUUGCUCAACCUCUCCUUAUAGCACGUACCCUCUAAUCCUGGCAAGAUCCUGCUGCCACAAAGUUAAUGAAUUUCCCAAUGAUAUUAAACCUGAUUCUGGUUCAGACACUGGCCUCCGAUCCCAGGACAGGCCGCCUUUGGUCUUCCAACCUCCAAACCCUGGCCCAGACGAACAGAGCGAGAGGGCACAGGUUUAAAGUGAGUGGGAAGAGACUUAACAGCAACUGCUUUAAACAAUGAAUGUUAUCUAUGGAGAACAAGCUGCUUGUGGAAGUAGCUGAGGCAGGUAGAAUAACCAUAUUUUAAAGGCACUUGAAUGGGCAGAUGGAUUUGAUGUUUUAUUAUUAAUGGUUUAAUAUUAUCGCAUAUUCUAAAGUACAGUGCUGUGCAUACUGUUCACAACAGUAACACUCUACAGUCCCAGUGACCCGGGUUCAAUUCCCAUCGCGGCCUGUAAGGAGUUUGUACCCUCUCCUUGUGAUAGUGUGGGUUUCCUCCCACAGUCCCAAGACGUACCGGUUGGUAGGUUAAUUGGGCAUUGUAAAUUGUCCCGUGAUUAGACUGGGGUGAAAUGAGGGGUUGCUGGUGUGGCAUGGCUCGAAGGGCCGGUAGGGCCUGUUCCACACCGUACCUCAGCAAAUCAAUAAGUAAUUACACAGUGCAUUGAGGUAGAAUGGGAAACAGAAUAGCGUGGGGCAGCAUGGUAGCAUAGCGCUUCAAAGCGCCAGAUUGGGCUUCAAUUCCCGCCCGGUCCGUUAGGAGUUUGCACGUUCUCCCCGUGACCGCUUGGGUUUCCCCGGGUGCUCUGAUUUCCUCUCGCAGUGCAGGUUAAUUAGUCACAUGGUGUAAUUGCCUGGUGCGGGCUCGUUGGGUUGGAAGGGCCUGUUUCGAGGCUGUAUCUCUCAAUAAAAAUACAAUAAUAAAGUGUCUGUUACUGAGAAAGUGCAAUGCAGAUAGACAAGAAGGAGCAAGGCCAUGAUGAGCUAGACUGUGAGAUCAAGAGACCAUCUUAUCACAUUAGGGAACCACUGAGUAAUCUUAUACAGCAGGAUAGAACUGCCCUUGAGCCUGGUGGGAAGCACAAAUGGCAUUACCUUGGAUGGGGCAUCUUGGUUGGCAGAGCACUUGGGCGGAAGGGUCUGGUAAAUACGACUGAAAGCAAAUGCAAUGUUAGCAUUCGUUUCCAGAGGAAUAGAGUACAAAACGAUGUAAUGCUGGAGCUUUAUAAGGCAUUGGCCAGACCGCACUUGGAGUAUUGUGAGCAGAUUUGGGCCCCUUAUCAAAGGAAAGAUGUGCUGGCAUUGGAGAGGGAUCAGAGGAGGGAUCCUGGGAAUGAAAGGGUUAACAUGUGAGGAACGUUUGAUGGCUCUCAGCCUGUACUUGCUGGAGUUUAGAAGAGUGAGCUGGAUCUCAUUGAAACCUACUGAGUAUUGAAAUGCUUGCAGAGAGUGGACAUGGAGAGGAUGUUUCCCGUAGUGAGGGAGAUUAGGACCAGAUAGCAGAGAAUACAAGCACAUCCCUUUAAAACAGUGGUGAGGAGGACAUCCUUUAGCCAAAGGAUGGUGAAUCUGUGAAAUUCAUUGCCACUGAUGGCCGUGGGGGCCAAGUUACUGGGUAUAUUUAAAGCGGAGUUUGAUAGAUUCAUGAUGAAUCAGGGUGAUAAAGGUUAAGGAGUGAUGGCGGCAGAAUUGGGUUGACAGGGAAAAUAAAUCAGCUGUGAUAGAAUAGUGGAGCAGAAUGGCCUGAUCCUGUUCCAAUAUCUUUGGUCUUCUCUGUGCUGUAUGAGUCCAUGAUUAUAACAGAGCUGGUUAUGAACUCUAGCUUGCAGUCUUGGUGCCCAGAGACCGACAAGCCCAGGUACAGGGUAAAGUAGGAGCCAUAGUCAUAGAGAUUUUUGGCAUAGGAACAGGUCUUUGGUCCAGUGAAUCCAAUCACCCAUUUACACUCUCGGAGGCCUCCACAGGUCAGAGUUGUCCAUGGAUGUUACAUCCUAUUUGUCCAGCUGGCUCCAUGCACCUGAGGAACUGAAAGGAAUGGGAAAGACUGAUUCAGUUUGACACCAACAACAUCACAAGGUGUUGCUAGUCUCUGUUAAAAUAUACUUCAGAUACUUCAGCUCCAGAUUUUCCUACUCAAAGCCUUGUCCAUGAGUGGGUAUAGCCACAAGGCUGUGGAGGUUUGAGAUCAGAGUUUUCCUUCUCCAAGAUGAGCUGCCAACCACGGCUGAUGAGCCCCAUCUGCCCAAAACAACUAGUUCUAAGGCUCCAGUAACCCCCCCCCCUUUGCCCCCUUUUCUCUCAGAAGAGAUGGUUCCACCAAGCUUCGUCACUAAGCCACAUGUGAAAACCAGGAGUUGGACUUGGUUGUCAGAGGCUAUUUGAGACACACGUCAUCGGGAGCAUUUAAUAGGCAGUGUGAAUUUUUCCUCACUGCCUCCCCAACUAUGACAACCUUAAGGAACCACAUUUACACUCAACCUGAAUUAAUUAAAUACAUUUUUUUUCAGCUCCCUUCAAUUCUCAAAUUCCCAAAUAUUUAGAAAAGGGCAUCCUGGUCUCAGACCAGUGUGUGUGGAGGAAGGAUGGAGAAGCUGAGGUGACCACAGUCCCUCCCAACUCUGCACCCUCUUCCCUCCUGGUGUUGGACUUGUGUACCCAGUCCCAAGGGUGAAAGACCCAGCACCACACACACACACACACACACACACACACACACACACACACACACACACACACACACACACACACACACACACACUCCCUCAGAAUGAUCAACUGGUUGAAUCCUAGAGUGGUGAAGCACAGAAGGAGGCUAUUUGGCCCAUUGUCCAGGUACUGGCUCAUCUGUAACAGUAUCUAAACAAGCAUCACUCCCCACUAACAUCUUAACUACAUUCUACAGAGGAGUGGUUGAGAGUGUGCUGACAUUUUGCAUCACAACCUGGUACUCCAGCUGCAGUGCUGCCGACAAAAAAGCCUUGCAGAGGGUGGUUAGGGGAGCAGAGAAGGUUAUUGGGGUCUCCCUACCUUCUGUCCAAGACCUCUUUCAGAGUCGAUGCCUCCAGAAGACACGGCACAUCAUUAAAGACCCCUCACACCUUCUCCAUGACCUGUUUGUUCUUCUGCCAUCAGGCAAACAUUAUAGGAGCAUCAAAACUAAAACCACAAGGCUACUAAACAGCUUCCUCCCACAGGCAGUCAGACUGCUGAAUAGCUGCUGUACCUGACUCUGCUUUGGACACUUUUAACUUGCACUGGACACUUAUAACUUGAUUUUAACUGACAGAUAGCUGUUGUGUUUUACUAUUUAUUGUUGCAUUUAUUAUGUUAUGUGUGGUGAACUACGUGUGCCUGUCUGGACAUGCCCCCUGCUGACUGCUCCUGUGGCUCCUCCCACAGACCCCUGUAUAAAGGCGAUCUGAGGCCUGAGCCCGGCCUCUCAGUCUCCAGGACGUAGUAUGAUGGUCACUCACUCCUGGUUCCUUCUUCCAGUCAAUAAAAGCCAAUAUCUCGA